AUGUAUCUUGAGUGUGACCGUACUGGUCAGAAUACUCUGUCCGCAGCCACCACACAAGCCUUCGAAAACUUCCCCUCCAGUCUGGGUGACUGUAGUCACAGCACCCACGAGGGGUUUCUGUACAAACAGGGGGCGGGCGCUGCUCAAGGGGUGGAAACAGCGCUGUUGCGCUACUACGAUGCUAUACAGGACGGGAACUGUAAAGGCUUCAUUGAUCUGGCUGAAGUGGAGUCUGUGCAGCCCGUCAAGAACCACCCUGGUGCAUCCAAGAAAUCAGAAGAAAACUCUAUAUUUGAGAUCCGCACUGUUCGAAGGCAGUACAACUUCAUGGCUGCCAACCCUGUUAUGGCCCAGGAGUGGAUAGACAAACUUCAGAGCUGUAUACAGUAG